UGGUAUAAAUCAGUUUUCUUUAGACAAAACAAAGGCUUUUCUUCCGAGGUAGAGGAAAAAGAAGACAAUAGAAAACAACACUUUGAUCCUCGGAAACCCCAUUUAUCCAUUCGGGUUUUGGUUUUGUCUCUUUCACAAGUGUUUAGAAUAAAAAGCAAUCGACAGCGAAUUGAUAUUUUGUGUUUUUGUUUUGGGAAGAAAAUGUCGUUUACGGGGACGUUGGAUAAAUGCAAGGCUUGUGAUAAGACGGUUUACUUUGCUGAUUUAUUAUCUGUAGAUGGUGUUAAUUAUCACAAAUCAUGCUUCAAAUGCAGCCACUGCAAAGGAACUCUUGUUAUGUCUAAUUACUCCUCCAUGGACGGAGUUCUCUACUGCAAAACUCAUUUUGAACAACUUUUCAAGGAGUCUGGCAAUUUCACCAAGAAUUUCCAACCAGCAGCGAAGCAUGAGAGGGAAAAUUCACUGACAAAGGCCCCAAGCAAACUCUCCUCCCUAUUCUCUGGAACCCAAGACAAGUGUCCAGCUUGUGAAAAAACUGUGUAUCCACUGGAGAAGGUGACAAUGGAGGGAGAAUCUUUCCACAAGUCAUGCUUCAAGUGUGCCCAUGGAGGCUGCCCCCUGACUCACUCAUCCUAUGCUGCCCUUAAUGGAGUCCUCUACUGCAAGCACCAUUUUGCUCAGCUUUUCAUGGAGAAGGGAAAUUACAGCCAUGUCCUUGAGGCUGCCACUCAUAAAAAGAGUGCUGUGGCACCUGUUGAGCCUGCAGCAGACGAAGUGGAUGUGCCCAAAUCAGAGCCAGAAGAGACACAAGAGUAGUAGAGUGGAGUGGAGUGGAGUGGUCCUAAUUAAUCUCUCACCAAAUUACUGUAAUUGGUUUCCCCCAUUUUCAUUAAUUUCUUUCUGAAUUUCCACAAUUUUCCAUCUUGCCAACCACCACUACUCUUCAUGUUAUGAUGAAAUUUCUUUGUCUGACUGUUCAUAAUUUGUUUCUUGUUGCUUUGAGUUUUCAAGGUUUUGUAUGUAAUUCAAACAAAUAUUCGGCAUGGUAUAAUUAUGAAAUUCCUUUUGUUGUUUGUUUA